GCUUUUUCCACAGUCUUGGGGUGUGUCGUAUUUUAAUCUACUUCGAUACAAUCGGCAAGUGUUAAAAAUAAACAGGCGUCGCCACCUGGUGGGAGCACACAAAUCGUGCCUGCCAUGAACAGGCGCCACAACCAAAGCCAACUGCAGGACGACGAGCGCCAUGGCAGUACAGGACAGCAUCAUUACGAUCACGCCCGGAAACACGUCGGCGGCGGCCAACGACAUUGUCGAGUGGCGCGAAACCGAAUUCGUCGGGCGCCCUACGGACGACAAGGACUCGGAAGAGUACGAGGAAGUGCUCCAGCGCAAGCGCCGCAACCGCAUCCUCGCCAUCUUUGCCGCCGGCCUUCUCGUCGUUGGCGUCGCCAUUGGUGUCAUCGUUGCUGCCACUGGUAGCUCAUCGGAUGCGAGCCAAAGCUCGGGUCUUGCUCCGUCGACGCCCGUGGCCACGACGCCAGCGCCGGCCGAGGUGACGGUCGGAGGGACCGCGCCCGGCGCCGUCCCAGAUCUUGUAUCAAUGACACCAUUCCCGACAAACGUGACUGCUCCUGAGGCGACAAACGCCACAACGCCUGUCCCGACGACGGCCUCCACCGGCAAGCUCGAGUCCGAAGAUGUGACGCCGGCGCCGACGACCACCGAGGCGCCGACGCCUGCCCCGACGCCUGCCCCGACCCCGGCUCCCACACCUGCGCCAACCCCCGCCCCGACGCCUGCGCCGACACAAGCCCCGGCGCCCGCACCAAUCGCGGCCAGCGUCUACCGCAUCAAGAACGGCUGCGACAAGCCGCUUGACCUGUGGUGGCGCACGCAGCCGUAUGCCGACCACAACACGCAGCUCGCUGGCGGUGCUCACAAGGACUUUGGCGUUGUUGACUUUGGCGCUGGCAACGUCAUGUUCAAGAGCGGCGCUGGCCAGGACGCGACGCUUUUUGAAGGCAAGCUCGCCGGCGGCAAGGUGUGGUACGAUAUUUCGACGAUCCCGAACGACUGUGGCGCGUCGUGGGACUUCUGCACCGGCAAGGGCAAGGGCUUUAACGUUGGUAUGACGGUCGAAGUUGUCAACCCAAGCGGUGGCCCUAGCUGCAAGAACCUCAGUUGCAUGUACAAGGGCUGCUCUGAUGCGUACCAAGUGCCCAACGACAAGCAGACGUGGGUCUGCAGCGCGUCGUCCUCGUACAUUGUCACCAUUUUUUGCUAAGGACCCAGACCCUCACAGUAUACUCCUCGCGGUACGCGCAACACCGUGCUAGAUAAAAUCGUUUUGAUACUGUGUCAUUUCGUUCAAAACAUGCUGUCUUUGUGAGGAACAAAGGCACUGCAAG